CAGCGAGAGUACGUUAAGGUUUUGUGCAGAGAUAAACGUUUUGUGGUAUACGUACACAGUAUGUGAAUUGUUUACAUUUUAUUUAAGAAAAUCAAAACAGCCAAUAUGAGUACCAGAGUUUAUGUCGGCAAUAUACCGUACGAUACCAGGGAGCGUGACCUGGAGAAUUUUUUCCGUAAGUUCGGUAGAAUCCAUGAAAUAUUCUUGAAAAAUGGUUACGCGUUCGUUGAAUUCGACGAUUCUCGUGAUGCGGAUGAUGCCGUGUACGAAUUGAACGACAGAAAACUUCUUGGAAGACGAGUAUCAGUGGAAAUAGCGAAAGGAAAACCCAGGCCUCGUGCGGAUACAAGAAAAGCACCACCAACCAGAACCGAUUACCGCCUGAUAGUCGAAAAUUUAUCUUCCACAAUUUCCUGGCAUGAUUUGAAGAAGUACAUGGGCAAAGCUGGCGAAGUAGCUUACGCAGAUGCUCACAAUAUCCAUAGAAACGAAGGCAUAGUAGAGUUCACUAGCUACGAUGACAUGAAGUAUGCUAUCGAGAAGCUGGACAACACGGAUCUGAACGGUAGAAAAAUUCGUUUGACGGAAGACGUCAAGGCAAAAAGCAAAAGAGAUCGCUCUAGGAGCAGGUCGCCUAGAACUUCAAGGAGAAGAAGUCAUUCCAAAGAAAAAGAUAGCAGGUCCAGAUCUAGAUCACGCUCCCUGUCCAAACAAAGGGACAAUAAAUCUCCUUCCAGGUCUAGAAGCCCCAGCGUUAAAAGAUCAAGAUCGCCUUCAAGAUCUCCAAGUAAAGCUAAAGAUUAAAAUUAUUCAGUUAGAUUUUAAGGAUACUUUCUUGCAUUUAUUGUAAAGGAUUUUGUAUGGUUCGUUAUUAAAGUAAAUAAAGUAAAUGCAAUUGUAUUAUC